GUGAAGUCACCCUGAAAACAAAUGACAUUGAAAAUAUCUAGAGACUACAAGUGAAUCACAACAUAUUGAUUAUUAUUCUCUCAUGUGUAGAUAAUUGUAUGUUUUUGUGCUUAAACACACAAGUGAGUCCAAUAUUGACGCAAGAGGCAGAUGAUGCCAGAGGAAGAGCCACAACACACACUCUCAAGCUAGACAGCUGUCUUUUUUCAGAAUGAACCUGCAGGAAACAACUGUGUGUGUGUAUGUGUGUGUGUGUGUGUGUGUGUGUGUGUGUGUGUGUGUGUGUGUGUGUGUGUGUGUGUGUGUGAUGUAUGUGUGUGUGUGCUGAGCAGUGGUGAGCUGUACGUACACUGCGUUACAUUGGGAAACCUGAGAAAUUUCCAUUUCAGAGGGGGUGGGAACAUUGAAAAGAGAACACAGGUUCCCCCUGAGCCGGCAGGGAAGAGACCACAGGCGACACCAGACACACACCGACACACACACACCUGCCUGUCAUCACCGUCACCUGUACACCACUGCCGCCAUGCUGCACUCAGGGUGGAUGUUCGCUGUCAUCUUCAUCCAAAAUGUCGCUGGACUUCCUCUACUACCUCCUCUGACUGUGAAAGCAGACGGCUGCUUCCUGGCUACUGAAGGUGAGGUGGAUGUUUUUGUGUUGGAGGGCGAGGCUAUAAUCCUCUCCUGCCCAAUAUUUGACAGAGUGCUCGAAGUACGCAACAUCGCCCCCCCAAACGCAAACUACAUCAUCACCAAGGACAAUGGGACGGAGGGCGUGUCCUUUCAGGGCGAGGGCCGUGUUCAGCAGAGGGACAAACUGCUGAGGUUUCUCCCAGCACAGGCCUCCGACUCAGGGUUAUACAUCUGCACCUACAGAAAUGAAACGUACUGUGUGACUGGGAAUAUAACGCUAAAGGUUUACGAGGCCAGGUCUGUUGUCAUGGAGAAAGUCACCAACGGAGUAGAAGUCCUCGUGGGAGAGAAUCUGAGAUACGCAUGUCCGUCUCUGGACGACUUCAACGACACGGAGACACUGAUCGGGUGGAACAAGGACUCGAAGAGAGGCGGCCCCUUCAGCCAGUUCAGAGGGAGACUCAUCAUCCCUGCUGUGAGGCGUUCACACGCAGGUCUGUACACCUGCCGGCUCACUGUGACCAUCGAUGAGCGGCCGUACAAAGUGAGCAGGAGCAUCGCGCUAAUCGUGAGAGGUGUAGAUCCUGAAACUCCCAGCACCCCCUCCCCCACUUUGCUCCACCUCUCCUCCACCUCUCACCCAGAGAUACUCAGCAGCAGCACUGUUCACACUCCAGCGAUUCGACCGCCUGUGAUCGUCUCGCCGAAGAAUGGAACUGUUUUUGAAAGUCUGCACGGUUCAGAACUGGAGCUGUUCUGUAAGGUUCUCACUGGCUGUCAAACAGCAGAGUCCACUGUGGUCACAUGGCUCGUCAACGGCCAAUCAGUGGAGUCCUCAUACCUUGAUGGACGGGCUCUGCAGGGCGGAAGGAGGGUAACCAGGGAGUCUGAAGUGUGCCAGGUUGAGUUGAGGCUUCUUGUAGCGAUGACGGACGAAGACGUGAACACGGAGCUGAAAUGUGUCGCUCAGAACGAAGGAGGGAGACAGGAAGUGGUCGCACUGCUUCAACUAGAGGACUCCUCGUUCACCUGGCUGGUCGUUGCCGUGGUAGCCGCGUCCUGCUUCCUGACCGUGGUUUCCAUCUUCCUUUACGUCCUCUUCAAACCUAAAAGGACAAAGAAGAUGGAUUACUUCCUGACUCGGCAGAACAGCACCUUUUAGCACGCGCUACCUCCACAAUCUCAAAAAGACCGUCUUUGAUGAGUUCGCUGUUACAUUACAUCACAUGCAUUGUGUGCAUGUGAUGUUGUGCAGUGACACCUGUUGGUGAUCUACACUCCUUCUGCAGGGACAUUAUAUUUUAAACCAGUGGCUGCACUUCCUUUUAUACAUAACCCACAAAACUGAUGCUACUCAAAAUCACAGCAGAACUUCUAAUAUAGGGUUAAAGAGGCCUUAUUAUGCAUUUUGGGUUUCCCCUUUCCUGUAGUGUGUUAUAUAGGUUUUAGUGCAUGUAAAUGGUCUGCAAAGGCUAAAAUCACUGUGUUCCCUCCAUUGGACUCCUUUGUUUACUUUCAAAACAUAGUGACACUUUGCAACACUCGGGAUUCUAUUAGCUAGCGCUCCAACACAUUGUACGUGAUAAGCAAAGGGGCGGGACAUCUCUAAGCGGUUGACCAAUCACAACAGAGCCGGCCAGAUAACCAAUCAGAGCAGACUGGGCUCUGG